AUGGCAAGGACUGUCUCUCGGAAUCCCCAGUCAGAAACAUCCUCCCCAUGGAAGCGACUUGUGCGGGACAGCGUCAGGCAAGACCGCUGCAGCUCCGCCCUUAGCUGCGGGCUUUGGGUGAGCCGCUUAACUUUGCUUGCAAAACUAAACAGAGACCCGGUAGGUGCUUGGGGCGGUGAGACUGUGCGCUCCUCUUUCCCCCAGGGAAUCCCAGGCCGCCCGGCUGUUUGCAUCCCGGCACCGCCCUCCUCCACCUCCUGGAGGUCCUCCUCCACCCCUGGGCCCCCCGAGAGCCCAGGGAUCCCGCCGCGCUGCGUGGGCGGAGGCCUAAGCCUCGGUCCCGGAAGGCCUCACACCUCGGCGGCCGCUCCGCGACCCCGACGACCGCGGAGCCGCAGCCAGACGCGAGCCGUUUGGACCCUGCGCGGCCCCCGUAGCGCGGCUCCUCCAGCAGGUGGUUCUGGUCCUCCGCGGUCCGUCACCCGCGGACCUCUCCUCGGCGCCGGCGUCCGCGUCCGCCGCGCAGCACCGCGACCCUCAGGAAAGAAGUCCCGCGCGCCGCUGAGGGCGCCAGGCCUGCCGGUCCGCUCGGCUCCGCCCGACCGCCCGCCCACCGCGCGCUCACUCGGCCGGCCGCGGGCCCGUUACUGCGGACGCCCCGCGCCCCGCGCCCAACGCCCGGGGCUGCGCGGGAGCGGCGGGGAGAGGAGAGCGGCCGCGCCGCGGCGAGGCCCGGCUCGGACGCCGCGUCUCGGCUGCAGCUGCUGCGGCUCGCCCAGCCCUGCGCUCGCUCGGUCUCCGGGGACUUGGCUGAGAAGUUUUGGAGCAGCCGGAACCCGCUCGUGCGUGAGAUUGGGCGUCGGUGCCCGAAGGAGGGAGAGCGAGGACGCGGACGGACGGCACACCGCCCUCCUCCCGGCGGCCAGAGGUAGACGUGCCUUCCCCGUCGACGCUUUCGGUCGCUAACGCCCCGCGCUGGGGUCGCCAGCUCCGGGCUGCUCGGACCUACCGAACAGUUGGGACAAAAAGUUUAUUCCAUUGUCUGCCCCGCCCCCUCUCGUUGCCAUAUUUCUCCAUCGACGUCGGCGGAGAGUUCUAGUGAGAGCCGGGCUCUCCUAACGCCAAAAACGCAG